AUUACCAAUUACCAUAUCAACAUAACUAACUUCCCCAUCUAUUCUCUCCUCUCUUUCUUCACUCUAAUCCACUCCUUAUCUACCCCAGAACAUUACAGAGAGUAAGAAGAAGAGGAGCAACAGUAUCAUCAUAUAGCAAACACUACAACCAAGUAAUAAAAAUGGCAGCUUUAGCACAGCAAUUAGCAGCAGGAUUAAGAUGCCCUUCACUUUCAAAUUCUCACCUUUCUAAACCCUUUUCACCCAAACACACCCUUAACAAGUCUAGACUUUCCCCAAUUGUAUCUGCUGUAGCUAUUAACAAUGCUCAAACUAGAGAAAGGCAAAAGCUUAAGCAGCUCUUUGAGGAUGCUUAUGAACGGUGUCGUACUGCUCCCAUGGAGGGUGUUGCCUUUACGAUUGAGGAUUUUCAUUCUGCUCUUGAUAAAUAUGACUUUAAUUCUGAAUUGGGUACCAGGGUCAAGGGUACAGUAUUCUGCACAGACAACAAUGGAGCACUAGUUGAUAUAACUGCAAAAUCGUCUGCAUAUUUGCCUCUCCAAGAGGCUUCAAUUCACAGAAUAAAACAUGUGCAGGAAGCUGGUAUAGUCCCAGGUGUGCGGGAAGAGUUUGUAAUUAUUGGUGAAAAUCAAGCUGACGAUAGCUUAAUCUUGAGUUUACGAACAAUCCAGUAUGAGCUUGCAUGGGAAAGAUGUAGGCAGUUGCAAGCUGAGGACGUUGUGGUAAAGGGGAAGAUUGUUGGAGCAAACAAAGGUGGAGUGGUGGCUUUGGUCGAGGGCCUACGUGGCUUUGUGCCCUUUUCGCAAAUAUCUUCAAAAUCCACUGCAGAAGAACUUCUUGAGAAAGAGCUCCCCUUGAAAUUUGUUGAGGUUGAUGAGGAACAAUCCCGGUUGGUACUAAGUAACCGCAAGGCCAUGGCUGACAGCCAGGCACAGCUUGGUAUUGGAUCUGUUGUUACAGGAACUGUUCAAUCUCUUAAACCUUACGGUGCCUUUAUUGAUAUUGGUGGCAUUAAUGGUCUCCUUCAUGUGAGUCAAAUCAGCCAUGAUCGUGUUUCGGAUAUUGCAACAGUCCUACAACCCGGUGACACUUUGAAGGUCAUGAUUUUGAGCCAUGACCGAGAAAGAGGCAGGGUGAGUCUGUCGACAAAGAAGUUGGAGCCUACUCCUGGUGACAUGAUUCGUAAUCCUAAACUUGUCUUUGAGAAGGCUGAAGAGAUGGCUCAAACGUUCAGACAAAGGAUUGCUCAAGCCGAAGCAAUGGCUCGUGCCGACAUGCUCAGAUUCCAGCCCGAGAGCGGUCUGACUCUGAACUCAGAAGGACUCCUAGGCUCUCUAAACUCAGAUUUGCCUGCAGAGGGUAUAGAUUUGAGUGCUGUUCCACUUGCUGAUGAAUAGGUCUGGUCUGCUUCCUUAGUGUUGAAUUCACUAUUUUGAGUACUUUUUUUGGUUGUAAUGUAAUGAAAUGUGUAAUAUCAUUUCUUAAAGCUGAUCAUUUGUGUACUUUUGCAAAUAUAUAUUUAUUUUUUGUUAUAUUUGAGAAAGCUAGGAAUUGAGAUUUGAAA